GAACGUUCGAGCUCAAGUUUCUUAGUUUGCGCCGUCAUCAAACAUUUGCAGAAAAUGCCUUCCGAAGAGACCAAGGAACGUAUCACGAAACUUGUGGAGAUUGGCCGCACUGUGGUGCACUAUGGCUGGAUACCGCUCAUCAUUUACAUUGGCUAUACUCGGAGCACACCUCAGCCCACCCUUAUUAAGCUCAUAAGCCCACUCGCAUGAGGAAUUACUCCUUGCAUACGCACCUCCAGCUGUAUUUUAUAAUUCAGUCUACUUAAAAGGAACCAAUUCUCUGCUCAGUCCUUCGCUUGGUCAGGUGCUACUGGGAGUUUGAGGUUCUACUGAUCAAUUCUGAGCGGUCUAUCAUGUGAUGCCGAUGGAACGUGUUUGUCAACUCAGGAAUUAACAAGAUAGUAUGUGAUACAAAAUACAAUGCGAC